AUGACAAAUCCACUGGAUGAUAUCCACACCACGGCUCAUGAGCGAUCCUCCCUUGAUAUGUUUCAACGGACUGUUGCCCGCUUUCACGCCCAGCGUAUGCAUUCGGCUGCUCACAUCUGGGAGACACUCAUCCCGCAAGUCGCACAUAGCUAUCCCACGUUGCGGAAUGCUCUGGUCGCGAUUGGCACCGUCACCUUGUCGCUGUGGGGGGGUUUCAACGAAGAACCAAUCCGGAAGGCUUUGAUUGAUGCCAGAAAGUACAUGAGUCGCUCAGUGUCCGAUUUAUUGGAUGCUUCCGUGGCCUUCGCUUUACCGAAAGUUGUUCUCACGCUUGUGGCGUUAGCCUUCUGGCAGUACGAAAGUAUGAAAGGAGCAUUCGAGGACAGUAUUGUGCAUGUUGAAGCAGCCGCCCGGCUCGCGACUGAGUUCGAGGGGAAGAAUCAGGAGGAAGAAGCUGUUGCCGCAAUCAUUCCCCGAUAUGCUUCGUUGACCCGACGGCAGACUGAGACUUCAUCCACCGCUAUCCAAAUUUAG